CAGGGAUAAUCGAGGAACAAUGGCUGGGGUUGAUGGAGACCGUGAAAACUGGGAUUUGCUCGGGGAAUAUACCAACAAGACCCUGAGGCUGAAGGCAGACCGCUGGUGCAAGGCUGUGCAGAAUGAAGACAACCGCUCUACCAUUCUUAAUUUCUUGGAUGGUGACGCUGAACUGGUGGUGGUGAGCCUGAAUCACUCCAAUCAGCUAGUAUCCACGCCCGAGGUACCAGCUGGACUACGUACGAAGGGCGUGUAUUACCUGAAGGCGAGCGACGUGCCUCUGGUGCGCGAAGAGGAACACAGCAAUGUCCGGGAACAUGUUAUAUUUGGGGACAUAUCGCCUCAGCCUCUUGACCAGCUCUCCACUCUCAUUGAAGAGGUGAUCAUCCCAAUGUUGGAAAAUCCUGCUAACCGAACUGGGUGGCCAGAGAUGGUGUGUGAAGAUGUGUCCCAUCAACUCUAUGCCCUCCGAGGAACAGUCUACCGGAUGUGGGGACAGCUUCGAGGCCAGACACUCCUCCCUCUUCCUUUUGGAAUGGAAACUCUAGAAAAGGCUGAGAGACACGCACUAGACACCGGGGAGAUGACAGACUCCCAGCUGAAGAGUGCCAUUGAGGGUGUAGUGAUCAAGUGGGUGCAUCAGGUGGAGGAAGUGCUGGUGCAGGACACUGACUCUCUUGCUUCACCCCCUCACUUCCCUAAGCCUCUGGAGGAGAUUACCUUCUGGAAGAAGCGAAGAGAAAACCUUGCCCACAUAGCAAGCCAACUCAAAGAUAAAAAGGUUAUGAUGAUGUCAAAUAUCUUGGAGGUGACUGAGUCUGCCUAUUACCCUGCCUUCAUGAAAAUGAGUGCUGAUGUUUCAAUGGCUGUGGAGGAGGCGAGGGAUAUCAUGAUCCACUUCACACCACUCAAGCCUCUCCUGGAAGGGCUGGAGAGUGGGGAGUUUCAGGAUGCACUGCCCAUCCUCCCUCCUCUGGUGCACUGCAUUUGUCUCCUGUGGACUGCUUGUCCUCCAUAUAGGAAACCAGAUCGGAUUGUAACUCUUUUCAAAGAAAUUACAAAUCUACUCAUUAGCAUGGGUCAGGUCUUCAUAGGAACUGUAGGAUUCCAGGCUGAGACAACAGAGCCACUACAAAAAAUCAACACAUGUGUCUCUGUUCUCAGAAAGUUUAGAGAGAUCUUUGAGGAGCACAGGGCCAAAGUGGAGACUUACUUUCCUGAGGGUGAGAGGCCACGUUCCUGGGAGUUCCAUCCCACCCAUGCCUUCUCUAGGAUGGAUCAAUUUCUGGAGCGUCUAGCCAACAUCAAGGAAAUAUUUGAUGUGGCAAAAGAGUUUCUGAAAAUUGAGAAAGUAGAAUUUGGUGGACCUAAAGGAAAAGUCCUUGGAGCAAAUAUUUCAGCCGUCUACAGUGAGUUCAAUGAGGCCUACACUGCAUUCUCCAUCCUGACCUAUGACUGUCUGGACCCCGCUGAGGAUGCAUUCAAUGAGGGACACCAACAGUUCAAGAAGAAAGUAACUGAACUUGAGCAGCGUCUGAGCCUCAUCGUGAAGAACGCACUGCAGGAGAGCCAGAGCCCUGAGGCAUAUUUCAAGGUAGUGGAGCUGCUGGGAAGCAUCCUGGAACGGCCUAUAAUCCAGGCUGAGUACACCAACUGCCUCCCACACCUUAUUCACCUUUUGAAGCAGGAAAUUGAGACAGCCAAGGCAAGUUAA